CUCCUCCUCUGCGGGGUCUACGGGGUCUGACAUGGGACAAGCUGGGGUUGCCUGAUUCCGAUCACUUUGUCGUGUUUAAUUUGCAGUAAAUGUCGUGUAGGGUCGUGGGCUGGGGGGCGGCGGAGGCUGGCAUGGCCCCGGGUUUCUGAGCUUCUUUCCCGCCGGGCUGCUGGGCUCCAGGGGGCUGGAAGUAGCGGGGGUCCGUGGCCACAGGAAGCAUCGCCACUUCGGACUUUUUUCUGGGAACGAGUCCUUCCAUCCGGUGCGUGGAUGUACAGCAGAUGUGUUAGUUAAUAACCCCGACACUAACAGCCAUGGAGGUGAGCGCGGAGUACCUGCUGGAGCAGGUGAUGCACAAGGACCUGGGGAAGAGGCUGCAGGUGGGGCAGGACAUCGUGGAGCUGGUCCUGGACGAGGAGAAGUCCCCGGACCUGGAGCAGGACCAGGGUUUACUGGACAGGAUGGUGGACGCGGUGGCCAGCUCCUGGGUCAACUCCAGCAACUUCAAGGUGGUGCUGCUGGGGAUGGAUGUUCUGUCGGCUCUGGUCAGCAGACUGCAGGACCGCUUCAGGACCCAGGUGGGAACAGUUCUGCCGAGCCUCAUAGACCGACUGGGGGACGCCAAGGACCAAGUCCGGGACCAGGACCAAGCGCUGCUGCUGAAGAUCAUGGACCAGGCCGCUAACCCUCAGUUUGUGUGGGAGCGAAUGAUGGGAGGCUUCAAGCACAAGAACUCCAGGACCAGGGAGGGACUGUGUCUCUGCCUCAUCUCCACUUUAAAUGUGUUUGGAUCCCAGAGUCUGACGCUCAGUAAAAUCGUUCCUCACAUCUGUAACCUCCUGGGAGAUCCCACUGGCCAGGUGCGUGACGGAGCCAUGAGCUGUCUGGUGGAGAUCUACCGCCACGUGGGAGAACGAGUCAGAAUGGACCUGGGAAAGAAGGGUCUGCCCCAGUCCAGACUCAACGUCAUCUUCAGCAAGUUCGAUGAGGUCCAGAGGUCAGGGAACAUGGUGCUGUCCCCCGUGUCAGACAAAAACUUUGAGGACGAUGACUCGGUGGACGGCGGCCGCUCCUCGUCCUCGUCCAAAGGAGCCUCUGUGUCCGGGAGGAAGGCGGUGAGCAUGGGCUCCUUCAGACGGCCCUCGUCCUCCUCCGGCAGCAAGUCUGCAGGGAGGGACAGCUCUGCUGCUGGAGCUGUGGACGAGGACGACUUCAUCCAGGCGUUCGAGGAUGUUCCCACGGUGCAGAUCUACUCCAACAGAGAGGUGGAGGAGGCCAUGACCAAGAUUCGAGACGUGCUGUCGGACGACAAGAGGGACUGGGAGCUGAGAGUGGCGGCGCUGAAGAAGGUGCGUUCGCUGAUCCUGGCCGGGGCCGUAGAGUUUGAUGGCUUUCUGCAGCAGCUGAGGCUCAUGGAGGCGGCGUUCAAACUGUCCGCCAAGGACCUGCGCUCUCAGGUGGUCAGAGAGGCCUGCAUCACUCUGGGCCACCUGUCCUCGGUGCUCGGCAGCCGCUUCGACCACGCAGCAGAGGCCGUGAUGCCGGCCCUCCUCAACCUGGUCCCCAACAGUGCCAAAGUCAUGGCCACCUCUGGAGUGGCCGCCAUCCGCAUCAUCCUCCGACAAACACACUACCCACGUCUCAUCCCCAUCAUCACCAGCAACUGCACGUCCAAGUCCGUGGCUGUCCGGAGGCGCUGCUUUGACUUCUUGGACCUGUUGCUGCAGGAAUGGCAGACGAGUUCUCUGGAGAGACACGGAGCGGUUGUGAUGGAGACCAUCAAGAAAGGGAUCCACGAUGCGGAUGCUGAGGCUCGGUCUGUGGCCAGGAAGUGCUACUGGUCUUUCCACGGUCACUUCAGCCGGGAGGCGGAGCAUCUGUUCCAGGGCCUGGAGUCGUCCUAUCAGAAGGCUCUGCAGGCUCACCUGAGGAGCGGGGACAGCGUGGCGUCUCUGCCGGCCUCGGACCAGUCCUCGUCCUCGUCUCAGGAGAGCCUCAAUCGGCCUCUGUCCGGGAGGAGCGUCGCUGGAGGCAGCAGCAGCAGCAGCCGACCCAGGGCGGCCCCCUCCUCCAGGACGCCCGCCGCAGCCUCGUCUCCCGGCUCUCUGCAGCGCUCCCGCAGCGACGUGGACGUCAACGCCGCCGCCUCCGCCUCCGCCUCCGCCCGCACCAGGAUGCCCGCCGUGCCCUCAGCGGUGGCGGCAAGUUCCCCCUUCAGCUCGGCCUCGGCUCUGCCCCCUGGGUCCUACGCCUCACUGGACGGCUCGGACGGUCGGGUGAGGACGAGGAGGACGAGCUCAGGGAGCGGUCCCUCGGGGGCGACGGACAGCCGAGGGCGUAGCCGGGGGAAGGUGGUGUCCCAGUCUCAGCCCGGCAGUCGUUCUGGUUCUCCUGGUCGCCUGCUGGGCUCCACCUACGGCAGGAUCCCCAGGCCCACCAUGGGCACCGCUGCCACGUCCGCCUCCGCCUCCACCUCCGCCUCCGCCUCCACCGGUCUGAGCGACAAGAGCCGACCCCGCGGUCACCGCAGCCAGGGCUGCAGCCGAGAGACCAGCCCCAGCAGAUCAGGCCUGGCCCGGAGUCGAAUCCCUCGCCCCAGCAUGAGUCAAGGCUGCAGCCGCGAAACCAGUCGCGAGAGCAGCCGUGACACCAGCCCUGCCAGGGGUUUCUCCCCCCUGGCGACGCGCCGUCACUCCCGUUCUACCAGCGCCCUGUCGUCUGCAGAGUGCUACUCAGACCGACUGUCCCAUCAGGCUCGGAUCUCGGCCUCCGUUAACGCCAUGAGGAUCCUGAACACCGGCACAGAGGUGGAGGCUGCCGUCGCUGACGCUCUGCUCUUAGGAGACUCGAGGAAUAAGCGGAGGCCCGUGAGGCGGCGCUUUGAGUCUCCAGGCAUGUACUCUGACGACGACGCCAACAGUGACGCCUCCAGCGCCUGCUCCGAGCGCUCCUACAGCUCACGCAAUGGCGCCAUGGCUCCACACUACCUGCGCCAGACGGAGGACGUGGCCGAGGUCCUGAACCACUGCGCCAGCGCCAACUGGUCUGAGAGGAAGGAGGGACUGGUGGGGCUGCAGAACCUGCUCAAGGGCCAGAGGAUGCUCAGUCGGGUGGAGCUCAAGAGACUGUGUGAGAUCUUCACCAGGAUGUUUGCAGACCCUCACAGUAAGAGAGUCUUCAGCAUGUUCCUGGAGACUCUGGUGGACUUUAUCUUGCUGCACAGGGACGACCUCCAGGACUGGCUCUUCGUCCUCCUCACACAGCUGCUGAAGAAGAUGGGAGCCGACCUGCUGGGCUCCGUCCAGGCCAAGGUCCAGAAGGCCCUGGACGUCACCAGAGAGUCCUUCCCCUACGAGCAGCAGUUCAACAUCCUGAUGCGCUUCAUCGUGGACCAGACGCAGACGCCCAACCUGAAGGUGAAGGUGGCCAUCCUGCGCUACAUCGAGGCUCUGGCUCGACAGAUGGACCCGGCCGACUUCGUCAACUCCAGCGAGACUCGUCUGGCCGUGUCCCGCAUCAUCACGUGGACCACCGAGCCCAAGAGCUCCGACGUCCGCAAGACCCUUCAUAACUGGGCGGGGGAGGAUUUCUCAGGGCGACCCAGCACCGUGGCCUCUCUGCCUGGGGAGGGCAACCUGGAGGAGAGGUGCAAGCAGGCGGCCCAGGUGGUGCUGAUCGCCCUCUUUGAGCUCAACACCCCGGAGUUCACCAUGCUGCUGGGGGCUCUGCCUAAAACCUUCCAGGACGGGACCACCAAGCUGCUGCACAACCACCUGAGGAACGCCAGCGCCAACACCGCCGUCGCCAUGGGGUCUCCCAGUAACUCGGCUGGUCGGACGCCUCCUCGUCAGCCCAGCAGCAGGAGCAGCCCCCUGACCUCCCCCACCAACUGCUCCCACGGGGGCCUUUCUCCCAGCCGGCUGUGGGGCUGGAGCGCAGACGGCCUCUCCAAGUUCCCCCCUCCACCUUUCCCCUCUCCUCUUCCUCCUCCUCCUCCACCUGCCGCCCCCUCCUCCCUCAAGGCCCUGCAGCGAGCUUACUCACCCAGCCUGAUGGAGUACGACAGUGAGAACCUGAACUCUGAGGAGAUCUACAGCUCCCUCCGCGGCGUCACUGAAGCCAUCCAGAACUUCAGCUUCCGUAGCCAGGAAGACCUGAUGGAGCCUCUGAGACGGGACGCCAAGAGGGACGGCCUGUCUGGAGUCGGAGCGUCCUCGGAGUCAGACCUGGUGGACGGAGGACGCACCGCCCUGGACAACAAGACGUCUCUGCUGAACACCCCGUCCCCGCGCUCCUUCUCAGGCCCACGCUUCAGGGAGUACAACCCCUACAACUACACGGACGGCAGCAUGGGCGCCGCCGACAAGUCCGCCCUGAAGGAGGCGCUGUACGAGGACGCUGUGGAGCAGCUGAGGGACGGUCGACGUCAGGAAUGUGGAGAAAACAAGAUCCUGAACCCCAGAAGUUUCCCCGCUGUCCCCGCGGAGCAGCUGGAGCUGGUGGGGGAGCUCCUGAAGGAGGUGUCCCAGGGCCAGGCAGGGGAGCGGGGCCCGGAGGAGCGCCGAGGGACCCUGCUGGAGCUGCUGAAGGUGGCCCGGGAGGACAGCGCCGUGGUGUGGGAGGAGCACUUCAAGACCAUGCUGCUGCUCCUCCUGGAGACCCUGGGAGACAAAGACCACACCAUCCGAGCCCUGGCCCUGAGGGUCCUGAAGGAGAUCCUGAGGAACCAGCCGGGCCGCUUCAAGAACUACGCCGAGCUCACCAUCAUGAAGACGCUGGAGGCUCACAAGGACUCGCACAAGGAGGUGGUGCGGGCGGCGGAGGAGGCCGCCUCCACCCUGGCCGGCUCCAUCCUCCCGGAGCAGUGCAUCAAGGUGCUGUGUCCCAUCGUGCAGACGGCCGACUACCCCAUCAACCUGGCCGCCAUCAAGAUGCAGACCAGGGCCAUCGAACGCAUCACCAAGGAGCCUCUGCACCAGCUGCUGCCUGACGUCAUCCCUGGACUCCUGCAGGGCUACGACAACACGGAGAGCAGCGUGAGGAAGGCCAGCGUCUUCUGCCUGGUGGCCAUCUACUCUGUGAUCGGGGAGGAGCUGAAGCCCUACCUGGCUCAGCUGACCGGCAGCAAGAUGAAGCUGCUCAACCUGUACAUCAAGAGAGCCCAGACCUCCACCAGCAACAGCAGCAGCUCCUCAGACAUCUCCUCCUACUGACCACCAGCUAACACUUAACCCACCUCCACCUCCUCUCCCUGCUCUUGAACAGCUGAUCUAAUUAUGCGGGAGGUAAGGCGAGCUAGGCCCUGCUCCACCUCCUCCUCCUCCUCCUCUACCACCACUACAGUCCUGAGCCUUAAGACUUCCUGAUGAAGCUGCUCUCUCGUUAUCAGUAUUCAUUAGUUGACUUGCUUUGACACAUCAGACCUGGUCGUAUGAAUGUACCACAGAUACCACAGAUACCACAGAUACCACCGAUACCACUGACACCGCUGAUACCCCAGAUACCACCGAUACCACUGACACCGCUGAUACCCCAGAUACCACAGAUACCGGUGAUACCACCGAUACCACUGAUACCACCGAUAUCUCUGAUACCGGUGAUACCACUGGUCCUUAUGGAGCUUUCAGAAUGUUCCUUCCUGGUUUUUACGGUGACCGAUCAUUUGGCUGGCCAAUGAUUAGAAGAAGUUUUAGCAGCGUGACACUCAUCAGCUGAGCUUCUCUUUACCUGGUUUCUACCUGGGCUCUACCAGGCUCUCCUCCUCCUGCUCCUCCUCCUGCUCCUCCUCCUCCUCCAGACCAUCCUAGACCAGCGUCCUGGUAGAAGUCCGUCUUUCCAGAUAUUUUAUCCAUAUUGUGAUAAAAUGUCACGAGGAAUCCAACAAGCUGUGACUCAUGUUCUCAUUCUCACGCUAAGUUUUAUUAGCCUCACCAGCAGCUGUCCGCUCCAGGAACCAGUCCAGGUAGAACCAGACCUUUAAACAGGUGUCACAUGAACCUAAACUCUGAACUGGACCUUCACUGCUGUCAAGUCCCGACUACUGUCAGAGAGUGGCUCCCUGAUACUGUAAGAUAGACACUAUUUAAAUGAAGACAUGUGCCGACGUUAGCAAUAAAGCUGAAGCUCUUUUGUGUUUUAGAAGUGGCCCGUGCUGCAGCUGCUCAUCAUGACCCUGACACUAAGCACCAGUCACGCCUCACAACCCCCCCCCCUAUUUAAUCAGACUGAUCCAGAGGCCCCCCCCUCCACGUCUGCAUGCAGGAACCAUCUAAAAGUCAGCGUACUAACUCUGGGGUGACCCCACAGGGCUGUAAAUAAGCUUCGGUGCAUGCCCCCCCCUCCCUCCCUCCCCCUCCUGUUUCAUUUCAUAUUUAUAUUCCUGUCUGUGACUGUACAUAUUUACUCGUUCACCUGUGGUAGACUUUGAAAUAAACGAUCAGACUUCUUCUUC